CCACGUCAUCAUUAACUUCCAUAACGAAUUUACAGACAUCGACACUAAAACAAACAAAAAAAACCAAUUCACACGGAAAAAAAAAAGACUCAACAAACUUUGGUUUCUUCUUCUCAAUUCACAUUCAUUCUUUUCCCUUCAAUUCACUUUGUUCUUAUCUGAAUCACUCCGAAAUCUACGAACUCGAAGGCUACGAGGAAUCGCUUGAGAGAUGUCGUCGACUAUGGAGGAGGAGGAGAAUUCAACGCCAAAGAUACAUGUACAGACUCCGCCAAUGGCCCCCGCCGGGGACCGCCAGGCUCCGGCGGCUUCCACCGGCGGAGUUGGUGGAAUCCUGAGGCGGUGGAGGAGGGAGGACUUGUUGAAGAGAGGGUCAUUGGGUUUGCGAGGGAUCGCCCUGCUUUUCUCUCUGAUCUCGUUCAUUGCCAUGGCUAGCAACCAGCACGGUGAUUGGAGGGAAUUCGACAAAUAUGAAGAGUACAGGUAUUUGCUGGCUAUUGCGAUUUUGUCCUGUCUGUACACUGGAGCUCAAGUGUUCCGUCAAGUUCAUGAACUUUCUACAGGAAAACAACUGAUUCAGCCCAGAAUGGCAGCUAUGAUUGAUUUUAUUGGAGAUCAGAUCAUUGCAUAUCUUUUGAUAUCGUCAGCUUCUUCAGCAAUUCCAAUAACAAAUAGAAUGAGGGAAGGAGCAGAUAAUAUAUUCACGGACUCUUCAGCUUCAGCUAUUAGCAUGUCCAUUUUCGCCUUCUUGUGUCUUGCAUUGUCAGCUCUCAUUUCUGGCUACAAACUAUCAACACAACCUUAUAUCUGAACUUCCACAAAAUCUACCUAUUAUUGUUUCAUACUUUAAUUUACUUCUCAGUAAAUAACAUUUAUCUGUAUAUCAAUGUUAAGAAAAAGGGGGUAAGGCAAUCUCUCCCUGAUUGUGUAUGUUACAGUAAGAUAUGAUAUUGAUUUCAUCUAUGAAAACAAAUAAUAUUUAUUUUUUU